AUGGAGAGUCAUAAUGAAACAUCAACUGAUUUCAUUUUGUUAGGACUAUUACCACCUUCAAGAAUUGGCCUAUUCUUCUUCAGUAUUAUUAUUUUACUUUUCAUAAUGGCUCUAGCUGGCAAUCUAUGCAUGAUACUCCUCAUCCUCGUGGACACACAUCUCCACACCCCAAUGUAUUUCCUACUUAGUCAGCUCUCACUCAUGGAUCUGAAUUACAUUUCUACCAUUGUUCCCAAGAUGGCUUACAACUUCCUGUUUGGAAAUAAAUCAAUCUCUUUCAUUGGAUGUGGAGUCCAGAGUUUCUUCUUUUUGACUUUGGCAGGUGCAGAAGCACUUCUCUUGGCAUCUAUGGCCUAUGAUCGUUAUGUGGCCAUUUGUUUUCCCCUUCACUAUCCUGUUCGUAUGACCAAAGAUAUGUGUGUAGUGAUGAUUACAGGAUCUUGGAUAACGGCAUCUAUUAACUCCUGUGUCCACACUGCAUAUGUACUAAAUUUUCCCUAUUGUCUGUCCAGAGCAAUUGAUCAUUUCUUCUGUGAUAUCACGGCCAUAUUGACUCUGGCUUGUGUAGAUACCACAAUCUAUGAAUACACCGUAUUUGUGAGUUCAACCCUGUUCUUAGUGUUUCCUUUCAUUGGCAUUUCCUUUUCCUAUGGCCGAGUUCUCCUUGCUGUUUACCGUAUGCCUUCAUCUCAAGGGAGGAAAAAGGCCUAUUCAACUUGCAGUACUCACCUCACUGUGGUGAUUUUCUACUAUGCACCAUUUGCUUACAAUUAUCUACGACCAAGUUAUCUACGAUCUCCAACUGAAGACAAAAUUCUGGCCAUUUUCUAUACUGUCCUUACUCCCAUGCUUAACCCAGUAAUUUACAGCUUAAGGAACAAGGAAGUGAUGGGAGCCUUGAGAAGAGUUAUUCAAAGAUUCUACUAUAUGAAAGUAUGGACACGGUUUCUGUAUCAAUCCUCAAAUUAG